AUGGGACACUACGUGGCUGUAUUUUUGUUUUACUGCUAUUGUCUUAUAUCCUGGAACAGAGAUAUGUACGUCAAUCGCGCUGGGAAUAAAGAUGCUUGUGAUGAAUGGGCAAACAUAGCACUCAAGGUUACCGGCUCAGGGAAGUUACAUAAAUGUGCAGCCAGGACUCCGGAUUGCUCAGGGAUGGAUUGCUCAGGAUCCACUACAUUUUCACACGACAAGUAUCCAGAGUUUAUCCAACAUGACAUUGACCUCAAUUAUUGCUUUGGGGUACAAAUUAACUCCUGCAAUGAUCCGUUUUCCAUGGAUUUUUACCUGCAACUUCCAUCCAGAAAUAUUUCAAAGAUUUACAGGAUAAUCGAUGAUGAUAUUAUUGAAUUGAAAGAGCUGAACUUUUCCUUUGGACCUCUUGGGACAGCUUAUCCAUUAUUUAACUUCCAGUUUGAACGAGAGGACACUAAAACAGUAAACCUGUCUGUAACAGCUCGACUAAAAAGUUCCAAACCUUUGACAGACAUUGUACUUGAAGGCUUCCACUUCACCCUGAUCAAUGACCAGGUCAUCCCUGUGAAGCCGUGUGGGAAAAUAACCCAUGACUCCAGCAAAACACCUCCUGGAACAUUUGCGCCAGACAAAUGCCAACUGAAGCCGUUGAUUCCUGCAGCCACCUUGUCUCCUUCUGUCACCGACAAACCUUCAGACACCCUUAACAAACCCUGUGGCCUGGAGCAUCCCUGUGGUGCGAGGGAGAUGUGUAAUGUUGGUUCCUCAGUACCUACCUGCAUCUGCAGUCCUGGCCAGUUGUUUACCAGCAAAGUGGGGUCACUUACCGGCUGCCCAUGUGUCCUAGGCGGAUAUGACCUAGCAGAGCUUAUGA